AUGCGGAAUCCGUUUGAACUGGAUGACAACAGCCACUUUGAAGUGGACGUGCGACCGAAAGAGACCGAUGACGGAGAUCGUGCCAUUCUCCAAGAUGAAGAGCAUCGUGGCGACGACUUGAAGGAGCGGUUCAUUGGCACCAUUGAUCAGGGCACCACCAGCACCCGUUUCAUUAUCUUCGAUUGCACAGGCGUCCCUAUUGCUAAAUACCAAACGGAAUUCCGUCAGAUUCACGAGCAUCCUGGAUGGCACGAGCAAGAUCCCUACGAAUUGGUGGAGUCCGUUUUCAUUUGCAUCGAGGAGGCUAUGAAAUCUUUCCUCGCCCUGGGUCAUUCCCGCUCCGACAUCGAGGCCGUCGGCAUUACCAGUCAGCGAGAAACCGCUCUCGUGUGGGACUGGGAGACCGGUGAGCCCUUGCACAAUGCCAUCACCUGGACCGACACCCGUACCAUGAACCUGGUGCGUGACCUCAAGGAGAAGCCCGGCGCCGACGACCUGGUGAACAUCUGCGGUCUGCCCCUCUCCACAUACCCGUCCUCGGUCACGUUGCGAUGGAUGCUGGACAACCUUCCCGACGUUCGGUCGGCGUAUGACGAGGGCCGGGCCGCCUUCGGAACCGUCGACAGCUGGCUCAUCUAUAACCUCAAUGGCGGUCCCCUGAACAAGCGUCUGGUCACCGACGUGACCAACGCCUCGCGCACCAUGUUCAUGAACCUCGAGACACUCCAAUACGACGACCGCCUCCUCAAAUUUUUCGACAUCGACCGCAACAAGAUUCGCCUGCCCGAGAUCCUGCCCUCAGCCGACAAGGAGGGCUUUGGUGAGAUCUACGAGGGCCCGUUAGAAGGUGUCCGCAUCACAAGCUGCCUCGGUGACCAAGCUGCUGCCCUGGUCGGUCACUGUGCAUUCACCCCCGGAACUGCGAAAAACACUUAUGGAACCGGCUGUUUCCUACUCUACAAUGUAGGCGAGAAGCCUGUUAUCUCCAAACACGGCCUGCUCGGCACUGUCGGCUUCCAGCUAGGCCGGGACCGUAAACCGGUCUACGCUCUCGAGGGCAGCGUGGCCGUGGCAGGCAGUGGUGUAUCGUUCCUUAUGAACAACAUGGGCUUCUUCCGAGACUCCCGAAAAGUCAGUGACUUGGCAGCCACCGUGCCGGAUAGUGGAGGCUGUGUGUUUGUGACUGCAUUCAGUGGUCUCUUUGCACCAUAUUGGAUUGACGAUGCCCAGGGAACGAUUUGGGGCAUCACUCAUCACACACAACGAGGACACAUUGCCCGCGCCACCAUGGAGGCGGCGUGCUUCCAAACUAAAGCAAUUCUCGAUGCCAUGGAGAUGGACAGCGGCAAAGCACUCACCGAAUUGGCUGUGGACGGUGGCAUGAGCAAUUCCGAUAUUUGCAUGCAGACUCAAGCUGAUAUCAUUCAAAUCCCCGUUGAACGCCCUGCAAUGCACGAAACCACUGCCCUGGGAGCAGCCAUUGCCGCCGCUUUUGCCAUCGAUGUGUGGCAGGAAUUCAGCGACCUGAAACACAUGAACCGCGCCAAUCGCGCCACCUUUACCCCUCAGAUCUCGCCUAAAGACAGCGCACGGAUGUACAAACGGUGGUCUAAGGCCGUGGAGAUGUCCCGGGGCUGGAUGGAGGCCAAGGCCGACGACGAGUCUGACGUCGAUUAA